AUGAAUAAGAGUGAUAGUGAUGAGAAAAGGUGCGAAUCGAAGCAUUUAGACGAGGAGGUCACCAGUAAAUGCUUGAAGCAAAAUCAUCACAUAGCACGUACAGAUCUGAAUUGUUUUGCUAGGCAGGCGAUUAAUUUCAGCAAUCAAAAAGUGCUGAGUCGAAGAGAGGACAAGAAUUUGCAAGUUCUGACGGAAGCAAUUGAUAGUGUGCUCGCUGAGGACGAAGAAGGAGAAGGCUUCUAUCAAUAUCCAAUGUCUUACGCUUAUCAUCGUGAUUGA